UUUUUCUUCUUUCAAUAAUAUCUCCAUUAUAGUUUUCCCUUUUCAUGCCCCCCAAAGCUCCUUUAUUCUCUGCCUUCUACAAUCUGCUUUUUCUUUACAUAUUGAAGAAUAUCAACGACCCACAAGAAAACCCCACUUAUUCCCUUUGAUCGGCAUUCUCAUCUCCAAUUGAAGCUUAUUCUUUCUAAAUAAACAAACAAGAAGCUAAAACAAUUCAAAGCAAGUAGAAGGGAAAUCAAGGAGAUCAGCAGAAAGAAAAAGAGAAGGAAAUGGUGGAGUUUGAUUAUGAACAACUUGUGAUAGCGACCCAAAGUUUCUCUCCAUCAAGACUGAUAGGCAAAGGCAGCCAUGGAGCGGUCUACCAAUGCAUUCUUCAAGAUAACCAAGUGGUAGCCGUAAAGAGAUCAUCCAUCAGUGGUGUUGAGACACAACUUGACAACUUGAAGAAGCUAGAAAAUGAAAUAUUUAUAUUGUCAUCUUUACGGGAAAGUUCUCACAUCAUCAGCUUUCUUGGAGCUGCCGCUCAAGACACUGCCAAGAACGACAAGCUUUUGGUGAUGGAGUUGAUGCCUAAUGGUUCAUUGCAUGAUUUGUUACAUGUUGCAGCCACCCCACCCCCGUGGCCUAAACGUGUAGAGAUCGCUAUGCAAAUCGCAAGGGCGGUUCAGUUCCUCCAUGAAGGCAAGCCUUUGGUUAUUCAUAGAGAUAUUAAAUCUGCAAAUAUUCUGUUUGAUUCAAGCUGGACUGCUAAAUUGGCUGAUUUUGGACUCGCAAUCUUGCCAGCAGGCUCGUUGAGUCAGGCGACUCAACCAGCCGGUACUAUUGGGUACUUGGACCCUUGUUACACCGCCCCUCACAAACUAAGCACUAAAAACGACGUGUUUAGUUUAGGGGUUGUUUUCUUAGAAAUUAUUAGCUGUAGAAAAGUCAUUGAUGUCACUAAAGCACCGGCUUCAAUAGUUGAAUGGGCAAUUCCAUUAGUGGAAAAGCAAAGGGUGAUGGAAAUCUGCGACCCCAGAAUACCAUUUCCAACGUACAUGAAAGGCAUGAUAAGGAGAAUAUUGAGCGUGGCAUCACGUUGUUUGUCAGAGAAUGAAGAUUGCCGUCCUACAAUUGGAGAAAUUAUUAUGGCAAUGGAGACUUGUUCCAUUGAAAGAGUCAGAACCAUUAGUACUGCUUGGACUAGCAUCUUACAUAACUUGAUUCUAAUCAGGCGGCGGCGAAAAAUGACUAGAAAAUGCGGGGCUAUUCAUGCAAUCCACCAAGGUGAUGUUAAUAGCGACGUUUCGAGAGGGAAAAUGUUACUAAAGGAUAUAUUAGCAGAUGUUACAUUGAAAUGAGUGGUGAAGCUGAG